AUGUCUCUCAAGGAUCUGGAGAAGAAGUUCAGCGCUUCUCCCAAAGCCGACCAUGGCAGCACCCGUCCACGAACAGGUCGCACUCCACCAAAAAAACAGGGUCUGCCAGCUGGAAAAGGCCAACAACUGCAGGGUAUGCGCCUCCAGUCACCACAUAGGAAGCCCGAUGCUUCCACCCCUGGCCAGUGUGGUAACAGAGCCCCUGCUUCUAAAAAUGCUCGUCACCAUCAACCUCAAGGCCGACGCACCCACCGGCCUCGCCGUAAGGCAAACUCCUACUAUGGAGAUAUCGAGAUGAAGGAAGCCCCUUCUCUUGGUGGGGAUGUCAAGAUGAGAACCAAUCCUAGUCUCGACGGAGACGUCGAUAUGCUGGAGGCAGCCCCUCUAGACACAAAAAUGGAGAUGACGGACAUGAAAGGUGUUAGCAAGGCUGAAGAAUUGGCCUGGUCGUUGUCGCUCUCGUGGUCAGCAAUGACCUUCGAUGACCGGAUGGAAGAAGCUCCUGCUCUUCCCUGUUGCAUCCUGUCUGCCAGAACCCACUUCUACACCAUUCAUUACGGCAAUACGCAGGUUUGA